GGCGGGUCCAAUAGCAGGGCUGAGCCUGGGGCUUAGGGACUCAGCCGGUGAGGCCCGCGGCAGCGCCAGAACCAGCAGCAGGCGACGGACAGCGCACAAGGCAUUGGAGACAUUUGUUUCUGAGUCAAAGCUAUCUACAAAACCAUGGCUAAUACAAGAGCAGUACUUGAUGCUGAAGAGUACCCCAACACUGAGGUACAGAAAAACCGAGUGCUAACUCUGGAAGAAUGGCAAGAGAAGUGGGUGAAUCACAAAAUUGCAUUUCACCAAGAACGAGGACAUCAGCUAUUAAAGAAGCAUUUGGAUACUUUUCUUAAAGGCGCGAAAGAACUGAGGGUAUUUUUUCCUCUUUGUGGAAAAGCAGUUGAGAUGAAAUGGUUUGCAGACCGAGGACACAGUGUAGUUGGUGUGGAAAUCAGUGAACUUGGGAUACGGGAAUUUUUUACGGAGCAGAAUCUUUCUUACUCAGAAGAACAAAUUAUGGAAAUUCCUGGAGCCAAAGUAUUCAAGAGUUCUUCAGGGAACAUCUCAUUGUACUGUUGCAGUCUUUUUGAUCUUCCCAGAGCAAAUAUUGGCAAAUUUGACAGAAUUUGGGAUAGAGGAGCAUUAGUCGCUAUUAAUCCAGGUGAUCGCAAACGCUAUGCAGAUAUAAUGUUGUCCCUAACAAGAACUGGGUUUCAGUACCUCUUGUCUGUUUUUUCUUACGAUCCAACUAAACAUGCAGGUCCACCAUUUUACGUUCCAGAUGCUGAAAUUAGAACAUUGUUUGGUUCAGUGUGCAAUAUUCAUUGUCUGGAGAAGGUUGAUGCUUUUGAAGAAGGACAUAAAAGUUGGGGAAUUGACUACAUUAUUGAAAAGUUAUAUCUAUUUAUAGAAAAGUAAAUGAGACGUAAAUAGAAGCAAGUAAUAUCAACAUGUUUUUGAGCAAUUGAAAAUUGUGCUAAGGCAUGAAAAUAUAAUAGGUGACUUUUGGAAAAAAAUUCUUCACAAAUCACAUCACAGAUCUUUGCUCAAAAAUGCUUAUAACUUUUUAGGAAAAAAAACAUGUACUUUGGAAAAGAGACUGAUUGGGGGGCGAAAGAUUAUACCUGUGUGUCUUACUUACAGAUUGCAAGAAUUUUUUACAAUCAGCAUGUAUUACUUGUAUAAUUAAAGAAUAAAAGAAAAAUAUAAUGCAUAUAACUUAAAUAUAAUAGACAGAAACAUUGGCAUUCUUUACGAAAUUUAGAACCAUUGAGUAAAUGUAACACUUUAAUGGGGUCCAAGGUAAAAGAUAAUGGUCUAAGACAUUACAUAAACAUUAAUUUUUACUGUAAACCCUCAUAUUGUACUCAAUCCUAGCACUCCUUUUCACAUUUUUUUCCUUAUAUAAUUUUAUAUAUGGCAGAAUGAAGAAAUAAACUUUUAAAUUAAUGAAAUUAACCAAUCUAUAUGGAAAAAAUAUUUUUCCCAAACUGUAAAAAGUAUCUUUAAAAGUUGUUUUCUGUGUUUGGCAGUUUUUUGUUUCUCGUAAUUUAAUCUUGUUUAAAUGAUAGUCUUAUGAAGUGCAGUGUACUUAGGGCUGGAUUCAUGUCUGUUCAUUAUGAAAGUUUAGAUUCAAAACUUUUCAGUUUUUCAUUAAAAAUCACAUUUUGAUAAAUCAGACAUUCCUUUCUUACUGCACUACCUAAUAUUUAAAUGAUUUAGAUUGUUUAGCUCAUGUUAAUGGGAUGGUGUGUAUUAUAAAAAUUAUUUCAUUGUGUGUUUAUGAAAAUUUCAGAAACUUUGAAAUCUCCAGCGUCUCACUUUCAACCAUACAUCUCCAGCUCAUUUUUCUGUGUGUGCUCAAAACCUUCGAGCCUGCACCACUUUCCCCUCCCCACCAAAUCCCUCACCCCUGAAGCCAAGCACGUGGGGCAUGAGUUGUGAAAUUAGAUAGGUGGUCAGAGUGGGUGCUGGAAGACCAGGUGCCCUUGGGGGAGAGCAAAGCUGGAGACCAGAACCCAGGUUGGGGCCAAGGAACCACACAGGUGAUAGAGAUCUGCCUGUUAAGGAGGUGCCCGGAGGCUGCCUGAAACUCAAAGCCCACCAACCCAGGAGGGAUUCAGGUUCGUAAUGGUAGCAAGCUUUUGCUCCUGUAAGCUCACAAGCCCAUGCUAAAGCGCCUACAGUCUGCUCCUUCUCUGUUCAAAGGUUGCACCUCUCCUCCCGGACUGAGAUGCUUCUAUGUGGCUUGCUCUCUUCCUUUCUCUCGUCAUUGUCAGGUACAAUCUGAGAUGUAACUGUGUUACAUCUUUCUCUCAUUAUUGUCAGGUACAAUCUGAGAUGUAACUGUGUCAUUGGACUCGUUCUGGGAUUCCUUCUCAACUGCAUGUAUGUGGCAUGUCUUCCCACACUCGCAAAACCAGCAGUCCAUGUGCCUAAGCACUAACUCCCUCCCCCAGACUCCUCAGCCUGUCGCCUUCCGCCCCAUCCUCUCUGCUGUAACCACCCUGAGCUGGGUCUCCAUUUCCCCCGCUCUGCCGCGUGGUCCUUUGCACAGGAGUCAGCCACUGACCACAAGAUGUAUUCUUCAAAUCCUUUGCCUCCACAGGCCUCAGGGCUUGUUCUAGGUGGAAGGAGGAAGAGAUGGUCAUGCUAUUCCAGGACCCUCUAAGUAAGAAGUAUUGGAGGGAAGCACAGAGGAAAUCCAUGGAGACUUCGCCAUGGAGGAGGGAUGAUUCUUCAUAGGAAACUCAGAAUGUUAGAGUUAAGACUUAGGGCAUCGCUUCUUUUUUUUUUUUUAAUUUAUUUUUGGCUGCGACGGGUCUUAGUUAUGGCACGCGGGAUCUUCGUUGUGGUGCGUGGGCUUCUCUCUGGUUGUGGCGUGUGGGUUUUCUCUUCUCUAGUUGUGGCGCGCAGGCUCCAGGGCACGUGGGUUCUCCAGCUGAGGCACACGAGCUCAGUAGUUGUGGCACGUGGGCUUAGUUGCCCUGCGGCAUGUGGGAUCUUAGUUACCUGACCAGGGAUCAAACCCACGUCCCCUGCAUUGGAAGGCAGAUUCUUUACCACUGGGCCACCAGUGAAGUCCCCAGGGCAUUUCUCUUAUUAAUCAGUGUAUAUAUGCGACGAGGAUUGCACUAUAUAAGGUAUUUGAGAAACCUUUCAACAUUGACUCUAGAGAUAAGCAAGUGCUAUUUUCCUAGCAAUACUUCCUAUAAAUACUAGAGAAUCAUCAAAGGAAAGGUAUAACAUUGGAGUUUGCUGCCUGUAAGUAGUAUCCUUUUAAGUAUUCAUUAGUUUGUCCAUUUAAAAAACAUGUAUUGACUCCUGCUGUGUACCAGGCAUGCGCUAGGUAGGCACUGCGGAUAUGGUUCCUGCUCUCCUAGAACUUAGUUUCUGUCUUCAGAAAAAGAAAGAAAGGAUGAAGAUAAAGAGCAAUUUUAAGAUUGGAUAAAAAGAAACUGGACUCUACACUUGGUAAAGUACAAAAAGGACAAGUGAAAAGGGAAGGGACGGUGUGGGUUGGGUUGACAGGAACGCUGGAAGAGAAUUUGUGUUUAACUCCAUGGAGAGGCAGCAAACAGUGAAGAAAAUGAUUGCUAACGAUGCCCAGCUAGAAUGUGGGGAUCCUCAGUGUGAAAGACGCAAACCUACUUGUGUUUAGUUCAGAAGCUUUGUGUCACUGAGAAAGCUUUAACUCUGAUCAAACGCCACAAAAUUACAUUUCCAUACUUUAAAUUUACCAAUUAGAGUCUUGACAGCAAAUCGUCAGGGUUAAUUGUCAGUGUAUGUGCCACAAUGCUUUCCAGAACCGCUUUGCUAACUACCAAGUGGCAGAGCGAUGACUGUGAACAUUCUUAAAUAAGUUGUAUUUAUUGCAGAUUUGUCUGGUUUACCUCGCUAAAUACCGCCAGCCUCUUGGUGCAGUACUACUGGUUGCCGCACGGGGACAGCACAGGAUCAAGAAGAAGAAGGCAGGCUACUCACCAAGCAGAGCUCCUCUCUACUGAGAAUCACACUCAAUGGCAAGACGUCGCUGAGGGGUGGGGUAGAAGCUCCGUCACAGUCAGCAAGGAGUUGGGGGUCUUUGGAUUCGUUUUAAAACAAUGUUGGAGCAGAGGCAAGUUAGAAGCACCUUCAAGCAUCAAUGAAAUCCGUAUGAAAAGCAUCUUGAGAAGGUAAUUAAUCACAGACUUGGUCUAGAUCUCUGUUCCCCGCAGUAACCGCCAGCUGCAUGUGGUUACUGAAUGGAAUUAGG